GAUGAGCUCGGGCCCAAACACUGGAGCGACAAACGCUACGAAAACCUGAUGAGGCUGAAGCAGGAGGCUCUCAUCUACGCCCGGGAGCAGCGGGCAGACUACGUCCUGUUUGUGGACACCGACAGCAUCCUGACCAACAACCAGACCCUCAAGUUCCUCAUGGCACAGAACAAGUCAGUGGUGGCCCCCAUGCUGGACUCACAGACCUUCUACUCCAACUUCUGGUGCGGCAUCACGCCCCAGGGCUACUACCGCCGGACAGCCGACUACUUCCCCACCAAGAACCGGCAGCAGGUGGGCUGCUUCUCUGUCCCCAUGGUCUACGCCACCUUCCUGAUCGACCUGCGGAAGGAAGAGACAUCACAGUUGGCUUUCUACCCGCCCCAUCCCAACUACACCUGGGCCUUCGACGAUAUCAUCGUCUUCGCUUACUCCGGCCAGGCAGCUGGUGCGCAGGUCCAUGUGUGCAACCAGCAGCGCUUUGGCUACAUCAAUGUCCCUGUGAAAGCCCACCAGACGCUGGAGGAUGAACGUGCCAACUUUGUGCAUCUCACGCUGGAGGCCAUGGUGGAUGGACCCCCCAUGCAGCGCUCCAGGCACAUUUCUCUCCUUCCCAAGCCACUCACGAAAAUGGGCUUUGAUGAA